UAAUCGAUAAUCGAUAACAGGAUUCCUACGUCGUUAUGAAGUGACGUUCUCGGAUUUCACACUCAGACUUUGUUAGAUGUUGGAUGUUAAACGGAACAAAGUCUUUUGUGGUAAGAAUUAUUGAAUGCAGUAAUGCCGUAGGUCAAACGUAAAGACUUCGAUGCGGUCUGAAGCUGACAAGACUGGACAGUGAAGAACACGAUGCAUUUGACAGGACAGGCUUAUCAGAUUUCUUUCUGUUCAUUAUUUAUCACUUGUGCCUGAGUGGCCAAUGCGCAUUCUCGUUCUCUUUCUCCUCACUAACAGCCACUGGGAAGCAAACAUGCUGCACAUAUAACGCUGAUUACUGAUGCUUUGAUCCGACGUUUCGAGGUCAUGAGUUUUUGCUAUGUUUGCAGCAGCCACUAAGAACUUUGUGAAGCAGGUCGGGGACACCGGGCAUCUGAUACCCGUCCCGAGCCUCAGCGAAGCCGACCGAUAUCAACCUCUCAGCCUGGUGACUAAGAAGAGAAGAAGGCAUUUCUGGAAGAAGACAAAAUAUGCCUCGACACCGUUCUCGCUCAAGGACAUACUCGUGGGAGAAAAGGAGAUCACUGCAGGAGUGUCCUCUUACCAACUUCUCAACUAUGAAGACAAGUCAGAUGUGUCUCUGAACGGACGCUUGGGCAACCAUCUGAUUCACGAAGUGGGCGUCAACAUCAGCGGGUCGGACUCUGUGGCGGUCAAAGCGUCCUUUGGGGUUGUGACCAAACAUGAGGUGGAGGUCCCGACCUUACUACGGGAGCUGAACUCCAGGAAAGUUGACCUGGAUCACUGUCUGAUCCGUCAGUCUAAAGACAGUGGGCGCACCGUACUGUGCGUCGUCAUGGAGAGCAUUCGCACCACGCGACAAUGUUCUCUCACUGUUCACGCUGGCAUGCGUGGCGCUACCAUGCGGUUUCAGAUAGACGACAUCCAUAAUCCCAAAGGCCGUGACAAAUCCAUCGUAAUUCCUGCCCACACCACCAUAGCCUUCAGCAUAUUUGAUCUUUACGUUCGUCUGGAUGGACGUCUCGAUAUCUGUGUAGCACCGGGGUCAGUUGGAGGCUUUGAGAGAGAGCAGAUGCGCGAGCAGAUCGGUGGAUUCUUCGGCAGGUUCUCGGUCGGCAGGUUGCGAAGGUUCUUCUCGGGAAUCAUUUAUGGGAAUCCCUUCAGAGCAGACGACAGAACAUUCGAGGAGCUCACGCACUCUGACCUGUACAUGGAUGACGUGGCGGAUUACUACGAGAAGGCGGCCAGCAUGACCGACCUUUCCUCAUCGUACAUGCGUGAGGACAAGCACACUCGAGUCAACCUGCUCAACCAUAACAUCCCCAAAGGCCUGUGUGCGCUCUGUAGCAUGUCCCACCAGCGCAGAGAGACCGUCUACGGUUGCCUCGAGUGCUCGUCUGGUGGGCAGAAGUACGUGCGCUUACACGCCGUGCCGUGUUUUGACCUGUGGCACAAAAGCUUACGCUGAGGACUGCCGAAGGAUUACAGAGUGUGGACGCUCUUUUAUAUUUAGAAGGUCUAGGAUUAGUACAGAAACCAGCCGUCUGGGUCAUGAAAAUUCCACGUGUGUCUUUAGUUUAAAGUUGUCUAGCACUUUUAACAAGCUUUGCAGAAAUCCGGAUCCCUAAAGAACGAGGCAGAGAUGGCGAGAAACAACUUCCUUGAGAGAAACCAGAUCCGAAGACGGAACCCGUCGUCUUCUGGGUGACUACAGAACAGGACGGUCUUCAUAAUUACUUGACUUGGACAUACACUAGAUUUAAGGAAGUGUAUAAUCUUUAGCUUGUACAUGUGGGACCUGUACUGUAUGUUCAGUAUUAAACCUGGUUCAGGGCUAAACUUCAGCAUGUUAAACACAACCUCACAAAACUGCCAUGUAAAAACAUUUUUUUAGAAGAACUUGUUACUAGAACGUUGGUGCUCAUCAUAUUGUUUACACAGGGAUCCAGAUCUUUCUCAGAGAUCAUAUAUGGGACGGUAGAUCCUCUUACACUCCCAUGAGCACCAGCUUCUGGUGUCUCCAUCACACACACACACACACACAUACACACUCAGCUGUGUGAAUAAUUAAGUGACAGUGAUAAAUAAACCAGUGGAUCACAUAAAAGCAGGGCAGGAAAUGGACGGUCUUAUUUCAGGUGAGAACCGGGUCGUGUUUUUGUUUCCACUCCAAAUUCAGGGCAGGUUUAUCCCUUAAGUGAAAGCCCAAGCAGGAAAAAGUUACUAAAGUGAGCAUUACAGACAGGUAAACCUAGAUCAAGCAGAACUUUCUAGGACCAACAUGGUGUCUGUGUAGCUCUGUAAGAAACCCCGAUUUUUCUAGAUCCAUAUUCGUAGUGAAAUUGCUGUGGCACUAAUCCAUCACAAGACGUCCCCGUUAUAGGAAAAUAACGAGCUUCGUCGUCGAUCUUUUCCUACGAAGACAGAAUCGUUAGUGCUCUCUACCACAAGCUUAACUCUCCUCCUCAUCCUCAGCCAUUUUUCAUUUUUUUUUCAGUGUGUUGUGCUGGAAUUCUGUUAGCUGAAACGAAUGCAGUGCGUCGAGUUAAGCCUGAAAUAGUGUUUACUGUUCAUUCAGGGGAGUUUGUUGUGUAUCGUAUCAAUGUUUUCUUUAGCUGCUGUGUCUCAUAUUAAAAAAAGAACUAAUAAACAUACAGUUUGCCUGAAUAAAAAAAAAGUUAAAAUUUGUUUUUACAAGUCGGUCCAACAGAAUGGAUGCCCUUAUAAUGACACACACUUGGCGGCGCCACCUAGUGGCGAAAUAUUGUCGGUGCAUCUAUUGUGCAGUACAAGGGUUUGCACAUGCCAGUGUUUGUAGGUGGUAAAUGUUCUUCAGUUUGAAUUUACAAGAAAACACGUGAAGAAAACAAUUAUUCAAA